AUAUUAUAAUAGGAGUUUCGCGCACACAGUCAUUUCACGACUGUGACGUGCACAUAAUUAUGUCAAUAUUUACAGCGGUGUUACUCGUAGCUAUCUCUCACAACUAAGUAGUACUCCGUUUCGUUGAAAUAGUUUGACUGUAGAGUUUAUGUAGCAAUGGCUGAAAAGAUUGAAAUAGAGAAAGCCUCCAGUUCUUCACAGAACCUGGUAUGUCCGCUAUGCCUUGAUAUUUUUGAUGCACCAACGAUCCUGACGUGCGGACACACUUUCUGUCGUAAGUGUCUCAAGAAAUAUGAUCUGACCCACCAGGACAUUGACCACAUGGUCUGUCCUCUCUGCAGGGAGAUCACCAAGUUGUCUUCCAACCGAGUCGACGAUCUCCGCCUCAAUGUCUCCAUUAACGGAUUCGUAGACGAUUACCACGCCAAGUGUGGAGGGAUGAAUGCUGUCCUUGAGAUGCGUACAAAAUGUACUGGUUGCAAGUUUCAGCAAGACGCUGUCUCCUUCUGCAGAACAUGUAAUAACUACAUAUGUGACAAAUGUUUACAAUGCCAUCACUACAUGGAACUUUUUGAAGAUCACGAGAUUGUCUCCAUGGAGGAUGUCAUCGAAGGGAAGGUCAGCAUUGGUCAUCAAUUUGAGAAAUGCUCCAUCCACAAACAAGAGAACAAAGAUAUGUUUUGUGAUGAUUGUAAGGUCCGUGUCUGUCUCAGGUGCGUGGUCGUUGGUCAUAAAGUCCAUAACAUCAAGAACCAGUCUGACUUCGAGCAUGAGUUGAGGCGAAAGGUGACAGAACUUGACCAGCAAUGUGCAGCUAAGAAAGCAGAACUGGAGAAGAACAUUCAGAAUAUAGAAGAACAACGUCAUGAGGUACACACUGCCAUGCAGAAACUACUUGAUGAUGUCAAGCAGGCUUACAACAUCAAGGUCACGGAGCUGGAAGGAAAUCUUCAAGAUCUCAUCGAGCAAAUAAAUGAACUGAAGCGAAGAUUCGAGGAUGAUCUCAACAUCCUAAAAUCCAAGGAUCGACAGAGGAUCAAGAGCAUUUGUAGUUCGAUUACAUUGGUAGAUAAUGACAGACUGGGUCAUCUUGAGACAGAUAGUCUGUCUGCUCAUAAUUUGCUCUGUGGUGAGCUAGGUACCAUGCUGAAAGAGGUUACCGAUCGCACUACUGCGGAAGUUAUUACAAAGAAAGCACAGGAGAAGAGUUUUAAUCCUGGAGAUAAAUCUUGUCUUGACCUCGGGAGCAUCUCUGGAUCAGAUCCCAAGUUAAAAACCAUGAAGUGUAUAGAUCUACGUGGGUGGAUGGUUGGAAUGACAGCUUACAGUCAUACCAGUGUGGCCAUCGUAUAUGGGAGUCAUAAUGCACGAGGUAUUGAUAUCAUUGAUACAGCUGGUGGAACGGAGCGGUAUACAAACAUACCACAUGACGUGGGUUAUGAAGAUAUUGGGAUUCAACGAGACGGUGCAUCAUGUGUCUCAACUGUACGUGAUACAGAAGCUCACGUGUAUUCUCCCGAUGGCUCCAGGAAAGCAACAAUCAACGUGAGUGGGACUGGUUAUUAUCUCACACUGAACAGAAGUCCAUCAAAUGAGAUCCUCAUUGCUAACGCUGCCAACAAAGUCUACAUCUAUGACCCGACUGGAUCUACUCUCAAACACACUGUUCCAACAAAGCACAGGACAUGGCAGGUAUCAUCCACCAGGUUGGGUUUGAUCGUCACCAGUUCAUGUUAUUUCACCAAUCCAGGCGUGGUGACAGUCUAUGACAGGGAUGGGAAUGCUGGUGAGUCUCUACAAGCUCCACAGGAUGUCUACCUGUAUGCUGCCGUGGAUGAGCAGGACAGGGUGUAUAUAGCGAGUGUUGAUAAGAAGAAUAGGAAGGUGGUGAUCAGGCUCUAUGAUCUUGAUGGUCUGAACCUGAAGGAAAGGAUUGAGUUUAAUGCACUUGAUAUGACAUUGGGCUGGGAUUGGUGUUACUUGGUUUCCCUCUCUCCGGACCUACUCGCCUUUGCUUCUGGCAAGAAGUUAUAUUUCAUUAAGGUAUUGCUGUAAUAAAGAGUAUCUCACUAGUGUGUAUAACAUGAACUAUUGCUUUUCAUGCAAUUACUCAUAGUGUAUCUGAAAUGAGAAUCCAAAAUGUUUGUAAACACCUUUAUUAAUUUGUUUACAUAUUGUGUAUAUAUACACAGAGAUUUUAACAUGAAUCGAAAAAACACGUUCAUUACAUAAAAUAAUUUCAUCAUUGAAAAUCAAGUAUCAAAGACCAUUAUUUUUAUUUAUUUCGUGAAUCUGAAUUAACCACACAGUAGAAAAAAGAUAAUCACGUUGUUUAAGCCUGCCACUCUUAUAAUAAGUUGUUUCAACUUCUUUUUGUAACUGUUUAAACAUUUUAAACAUCUUGUUUAAAAAGCUGUAAGUUGUUUUAAAAUAGACAGAUGCUUAAAAAGUUUAAACAGUAGUUGUUAGAGUGACGAGCUUAAACAACGUGCUUGACAUUUUAGACAGCGUUUUUACAGUGUAAUGCUUUUGUUGCCAUUCAACUGGUGUAAUUAAGCUAGCGUUUAAUAUAUAUUUUGGGGUCUCUAGCUGUUAUAGAGAUUUCGAUAAAAGACUAUUAUACUCAUUCGAACUCUAUAUUUGUGAGUGUCAAGAUUAGUCUUUAUGAAAUUGUGUACAAUUGAUAUGCUGUUUUCUUGCAAUUCAGCCUAUUAGUUGUGGAGAUACGUCAAUGAUCUCGAAAUCUUAAAAUUUUCUGCCCAGUGUUUAUAUGAUGUGAAGGAAAAACCUAAUAAUCACGGAUAAUUAUCAGCUCAUUUCUUUCCUAUUCGACCGUAAAAUCUGAAUCUGAAUUAAUCUGAAUAAGGCUAUAUUUCUUUUUACGUGGAAUGUAUCCCCACAAACCGAUUGAUAUAUCAAUAUUUUCAUAUUAUGAAAUGUGCAUAAUUACAGGAAUUUUCAUUUUGUAUUAAAACACCUCGCUGAAUGAUUAAUGUUUAUAAACAGUCACUACAAAUACAAACUACGAUAUUAACAUAAUUUCAAUUUCACUAGGGCAUCCAUAGAAAUGUAUUUAUAUCGAAGAACUUGUUAUUGUUUUUUUUUUUAUUGUUUUGCCUUUAUUCAGAAUACAAUACAUCAUAAUAUAACAAAGGUAUAAUAGUAAUAUUUUCUUGCAUUGCACAUUGCAAUACGUUCUAUUUUACAAAAUUCAGGUUAGCUUAAUAAAUGAUUAAAUUUCCAUGAAAUAUAAUAAUAAAAACAACGAAUCAUAUAAAGAAAUAAUACUUUGAACAUUAUUGAAAUCAAUAUAAAUCAUGAUAAUUUGAAUAAGGAACUUCUUGUGAGAAAAGAUGAAUGGUGUACAUUAAGCCAAUGUAACACGGUGUAUUUAAUUAAAUUUCUCAAUAUAAAAAUGAUUAUGAAUAUCGGACUACGUGUUUAUAAAUUGCCGUUUGUUUAUACCGCCCUCUUUCGAGAGAAUCAGGACAUGCUCUAUCUUCGAACAACAUGGAAAGGUAUCUAUUGGAGACUGAAUUAUUUUCUGGAGAAAAUCUUUUAUCAUAUUCACCUUUUUAGAAAAUGUUGAUGGAAAGAAACAACACAAAUGCACAUACAUACGGUUGUCCACCCCCCCCCCC